CGGGGUUGGAUCCCGCGCCUGCGCAGAGCAGACCCGCGGACGGGGUUGCGGGGUGCUGGGCUCCAGGAGUGGUCCGGCACCGGUUGCAAGUCGUCGUUUCCUUCUUGAAAUCCCAAAAAGCUCCAUGUGCAUGCACUGAAAAAAGGUAUAUCUCCAUGAAUAACUUAAAUGAUCCUCCAAAUUGGAAUAUCCGGCCUGAUUCCCGGGCUGAUGGGGGUGGUGGAAGCAGGUGGAAUUAUGCCCUAUUGGUGCCAAUGCUGGGAUUGGCAGCUUUCCGUUGGAUUUGGUCCCGAGAGUCCCAAAAAGAAAUAGCAAAAGAGAGAGAAGCAUAUCGCCAGAGAACAGUUGCCUUCCAGCAGGAUCUUGAAGCCAAGUACCAUGCUGUGAUCUCGGAAAAUCGACGUGCUGUUGCUCAGCUGUCUCUGGAACUUGAAAAGGAGCAAAACAGAACAACUAGUUACCGUGAAGCCCUUAUCUCUCAGGGGCGGAAGUUGGUGGAAGAAAAGAAACUUCUGGAACGGGAAUGGGCUAAGGUAAUGCAAGAAAGAAGCCAGCUGCAGCCUCUGAGAAGUGUGUACCUGAGCCGUCUGGAGGAGGAGGAGGACUGGCAGAGGAAAGCCCAGCUCAUGCUGAAGGAGGUUGGAGAGGCUCUUGCAGAAAGGCAGAACAUCUACUGCAGCCUGGUCACCCCCCGCCGCUCACGGCUGGAGCUGGAGAAGAACUUACUGGUGCGUGCCGCCAUCGACCCAGUGGCUGCUGACCUAGAGAUGGCAGCUGGCUUGACUGACAUAUUCAAACAUGACACCUACUGUGGUGACAUCUGGAAUAGCAACAAACGCCAGAAUGGGAGGCUCAUGUGGCUAUAUCUCAAGUAUUGGGAGCUAGUCGUGGAGCUGAAGAAGUUCAAGAGAGUAGAGAAGGCCAUACUAGAGGAGUGAGGUGUCCACGGCCACCGGUUGCUUCUCAUGACAUUCUCCCUGCUGAGCUCCCACACUCCCUCUGCUUGCUACCCGCAUCCCACCACAUGCAGCUGCCCUCAGUGGCAUUCCAGCUUUGCCACCCUCAGCAGCAGUGAGGAUUCAGCACAUAAAGGUUUUCCCUGUGAUGCUCAGCAGCUGUGAAGGGUUGCCUUUCUCUGAAGCAUUUUGUGAGCUGCUAAUAUUUAGCAGAACAGUAUAAUGUCAUUUUAGUUCGAGGGUAAAAAUUGUUUUUAAAGGUCAAAUAUAAUAUUGAUCCUCACUGUAAGUAAUUUUCUGUGACUUUUCCUAAAUAAAUUCUGUCUUCUAGGAUUA